CUGCAUAAUUAACAUAGAGUGUGGAUAUAAUAAUAUAUUCUAAUGAAUCAGAACCUUCUAAUUUGCUAUAUGGACCACAACAAUGUCACAGUAUGGCUGACUUAUGAUGAAAAAGUAUAAUUUCCUCUUUUUAAAUAGUUUGCCAUCAAUUUGCCAUCAUCACUGCCUAGUGGCAUCAACCCUGUAGCAUUGAAACAGUGAAAGACUAAUAAAUUAUCGCUAUUGUUUUGAAGUCAUUCCUGGAAGGAAAGACAUUAUAGUGGAGUGUCCUUAGGGGAGCAUGCAGGUGGGAACCCUGAAUAGGAAGAAGGAAGAAGGAGGGCUUGGAUGAAGGAUGUUCUCGCUGUUAAUAAUCAGUCUCUUUCUCACUUCCCCCCCUUUCUCGCUCACUCUAGCGCUCUUUCGCGGUCUUACAUGCUCACACACAGAAGAAUACACACUUGCUCUUCAGACACACUCGGCAUCGGGACCAGCAGAGCAUGACGCUUUUAAUUGCGCCACGUACAUCCCGACUUUCUUUACUCGUGCCACUUUGAAUCACAGCCACAAUGUGUCACUGACGAGAGGACUGUCAUUUCAUUUCUCCGAGAUUCCAAAGAGGAGUCGCACUGUCGGGAUUUAUCUAAAUUCCCUUGAUGGAAGGAAUUCUGACAAGAGAAACUUGAACACGGAAAAGAGAGCGACAAGCGGAAUCAUUCCUAAACGCGUGGAGAUGCUGUUAGGUGCACUAUCCCAGAACCAGGUCCACCCGCUCCUGGGUUCUCUGCCUCUGUCGGGCCGAGCAAGCCUGCAGCCACAGAACCGCCUGGAGCACUUCCUGCCGCUCAGCAUCAGCAGCUCAUCGCCCCUCAGCCUUUUUCCUAAUUUCAACACGAUGGAUCCGGUGCAAAAGGCGGUCAUCAACCACACCUUUGGCGUGGCCCCGCCCAGGAGAAGAACGGUCAUCUCCUGUAAUAUUUGUCACCUGCGCUUUAACUCGACUAGCCAGGCCGAGGCCCACUACAAGGGUCACAGACACGCUCGCAAGCUCAAGGCCUUGGAGAACCAGAGGAACCGACGGACGAACGGGCAUGGUGGACCUGCAGUGGAGAAGAAUAGAAGCAAGGAGACGAGGGCGGUGGGAGGAAAUGGACCCCAAAGUGACUUGCAAGCAAAAGAAGGAUCAGAUUUAAGCACAUCGCCGCAGCAACCGGGAAACGGCCCCAGGAGGAGUUCCUCGGCACCCAAAGACUCCUCAUUGUCAGACUCCGCUUCAAACCGGUCUCCUCACCCAUCCCAUUCAACAUCGGAGGCCCCGCCUAUGGAUGACUGCACCCCACGACCACCCGCUGCGACAGUCCAGUCCGAUCCUCGGGAGCCCCCUGCAGGAGGUGAAGAAGUGGACGCUGAACAGGACAAAAACGAUAAAAAACAUCUCCACUGUCCCACGUGUAAAGUGACCGUUAAUUCCAGCUCCCAGUUGGAAGCACACUGCAGCGGCUUUAAACACAAACAGAUGACCGACAGCCCGAGCGGCACCCAGUCACACCGCAGACUCAAACGGACAUCAUCAUCAUCAUCGUCAUCCAGGCACGCGUUCCCGAUCAUAAAACCGAGAACAGGCAUCAAGACCAAAGCACUUGUGGGCGUCACCGGCAAACGUUUCCACUGUGAACUGUGUCAGGUGGCCGUCAACUCGGAGACGCAGCUCAAACAGCACAUGAAUAGCAGGAGACACAAAGAGCGUUUGGCCGGGAAGCCUGUGAGGGUGAAGAUGAAGAUGAAGGCUAAAUUCACUCCUUUCAAUAAACUGCAGCCCAGCACUGCAUUAGCGACUAAACUUGCCCUGCAGAAGCAGCUGUCCAAGUCCCUGCCGGCAGGGUUCCUGACCAGCCCCCUCAAUCCAGCUACUUUAUGCGCCAUGGCAUCUGCACCUCUGGCGCUACGACUACCGCAGGGUCCCGCAGCCAUCAUUCACGGUCCCUUGAUAAGCCCCGCCCUCUUUCGGCCCGCCCCGGGACCUCUGAGGGCCACUCAUGCACCCAUUAUCUUUUCUCCUUACUGACAAGCGAGGUCCUGAGGCGGUGCUACGUUUGACACAUCAAAAAGCACAGAAUGCACACUGAAAGCCAUAAUACUGUAGUUAUUUUUUUGUUUUUUGUUUUAUAUAUGAAGAACAAUCUAUCAUGACUAAAGAGUGUGUAAAUGUGAAGCUUUUGUUGCUAACAUUUUUUUUUUCAAUUUAAGCUUUGUGGUUGUACUCUGGGGGAAAAGAUAUCAUUCCUAUAUUAGGUUCUCUCCACAAAUGACUUGUCUUACUAAGCACAAAGGAAAUAAUAAUAAUAAUAAUAAUAGUAAUAGAGUAAAUGUGGAUUGUUGGAACUUUGUCAUAGUCGAUAAUGAACGUUCCAUCCGUCUGUGUUAGUGUCAUGUACCAGAACACAAAACCAAGAAAAGAUGAUUUUAAAUGGAGUGGAAAACUGUUUUACUUGAGCCAUUAAAGCAUAUUCUUCGGA